AUGCCUUUUCCAAGAUAUAUAUCUGCAGACUAUUUUGGUCCUAAACCUAUUACAAUUGGUGUUCAUUUUCCAAUCGGUCAUAAUGCGUCUUUUCCAGGUGAUGGAGAGAUUAUUGAUCCUGAUACUGGCGAAACUAAUUAUGUUUUUCAGCAUAACCAAGUGGUGAAAUGGAAAGAUACUGGUCUAGAAGCCAAUGGAGAUGAUUUAAUAGUGCAAGCUAAUGGUGUAUGGACAUUUUGGAGUAAUAACAACAAAAGAGAAUCUCAACAUAGUUACACUUUGCAAAGUUUGGAGCAGCUAAAACAUGCAACCAGAUUUGAAGGUGGACAAGGUGAUAAUAGUUUGUCUAACUUUCACUUGAUUUAUAAUGAUUAUAAACCUAGUACACCACAGAACAUUUCAAAUAAUCUUAACGCAAGUUGCACUGUGAGUUGUAACUGCAUUAAUAAAGAUGGUACAGUGUCACGUGGGGCUCUACGUUGA